AUGGGGCAUGGAUAUCGUUGGAUCAUUUACGAUGGUGAUAGCUCAGCGGAGGUUCCUACUCGUAUCUGUGGACUACUUAUAAAAAUGGAUGGAGGUCGAACCUUGGCAAAGAUAAGUGAACAGAUGAGCAUUAAGUUCGUCUGGCAAAAUAUCUUGUGUUGGUUCAGCAUCCCUCGAUGGCUCGUCUCAGACAACGGGAGGCAAUUCGUCGGUCGAAGGCUCAAAGAGUGGUGCGAAGGUUAUGGUAUCCAGCAGGUAUUCACCUCAGUGGCUUACCCCCAAAGCAAUGAACAGACGAAAGUGGUCAAUCGGGAGAUUCUCAUAGGAUUGCGAGCUCGGCUCGACCACGCAGGAGGCAGCUGGGUCAACGAACUCCCAAACGUCCUGUGGACCCUACGUACGACUCCGAAGGAGGCGACCGAUGUAACGCCAUUCCAUCUGGUGUACGAUGGUGAAACACUAGUCCCAGUGGAAGUUGGAGUAGAGUCUGAUCGUGUGCAGCACUACGACGAGGAUAACAGCGAACGGAGACUGAUGGAGCUGGACUUGGUUAACGAAGUACGGAACAAGGCAGCCGUUUGGCUGAUGGCAUACCGGCAACGGAUGAAGCAGAGCUACAACCGAAGGGUUGUCCCGCGGUCCUUCCAGAUCAGUGAUUUAGUGUGGAAAAAGAUAAAGUCAGUCGGCGACAUCACUAAACUCGAAGCUCCAUGGGUGGGACCCUAUAAGGUCUUGCAAAAACUCCGCUCGGGAGCAUAUUAUUUGGAGGACGAAGAUGGAUGA